AUGGUGUGGUCAAGGCUUCCCAAACAACAUGGUGUUGUCAAUGCUUCCCCCAAACAGCAUGGUGUGGUCAAGGCUUCCCCCAAACAGCAUGGUGUGGUCAAGGCUUACCCCAAACAGCAUGGUGUGGUCAAGGCUUCCCCCAAACAGCAUGGUGUGGUCAAGGCUUCCCCCAAACAGCAUGGUGUGGUCAAGGCUUCCCCCAAACAGCAUGGUGUGGUCAAGGCUUCCCCCAAACAGCAUGGUGUGGUCAAGGCUUCCCCCAAACAGCAUGGUGUGGUCAAGGCUUCCCCCAAACAGCAUGGUGUGGUCAAGGCUUCCCCCAAACAGCAUGGUGUGGUCAAGGCUUCCCCCAAACAGCAUGGUGUGGUCAAGGCUUCCCCCAAACAGCAUGGUGUGGUCAAGGCUUCCCCCAAACAGCAUGGUGUGGUCAAGGCUUCCCCCAAACAGCAUGGUGUGGUCAAGGCUUCCCCCAAACAGCACGGUGUGGUCAAGGCUUCCCCCAAACAGCAUGGUGUGGUCAAGGCUCCCCCCAAACAGCAUGGUGUGGUCAAGGCUUCCCCCAAACAGCAUGGUGUGCAUGAUGUGGUCAAAGCUUCCCCCAAAGAGCAUGGUGUGGUCAAAGCUUCCCCCAAAGAGCAUGGUGUGGUCAAGGCUUCCCCCAAACAGCAUGGUGUGGUCAAGGCUUCCCCCAAACAGCAUGGUGUGGUCAAUGCUCCCCAAACAGCAUGA